UCCAUAUUUAAGCAUUAUGGUGUUGAUAUAAGACGAUUUUUUAAUUUAUAUGUGUUUGCUAAAUUGAUGAAUGGAUAAUAUAGUAAAUCUAUUUUCAAAGAAAUACCAUAAGCGGUGAUUAUAAAAAUGUUAAUUUACGACGUUUUACACAAAGAAAAAGUUUAUCAAGUAGUUUCGAGAAAUUUGCGAAGUUUAGGGGUUAAGUACCGUAUCAAGAAAAAUGUUAAAACAGAUAAACCGAAUAGAGAUAGUGCUUUAAAAAAAGUAUUUAGAACUCCACUUUCUUAUUUACCACUAGAUGUUGUUAAUUUAUCAUCAGGAGCAAUUAUUCAUAUUCCAGUAUUUGUAUGUCAAGCUGCAACAUUUCUGUUACAAAAUGUAUAUCAAGAAGGCUUAUUCAGGAAAGCUGGCUCACAACUUAGACAAAAAGAAAUUAUUUCAAGACUUGAUGGUGGAGGAAAUUUAGGAGAAAAAAAUAAUGCAAUAGAUGUAGCUAAUUGUUUGAAAACAUUCUUGAGAAAUUUACCAGAGCCUUUAAUACCUUUUGUUUAUCAUGAUCUAUUUAUAAGAUGUAAUAUGCUUAAAAUGAAUAAGAUAAAUGCAUUAUUGUUAGCUUGUAUUCUACUACCUCCUCACCAUUUAAAUACAUUAGCAUAUCUUAUGGAAUUUUUAAAGACAGUUGCUUCUUACGAAAAGCAAAAUAAAAUGGGAAUUGAUAAUUUAGCAAGAGUUAUGGGACCAAAUAUUAUGCCUUUACAAGAAACCACUAUGCUUGCAGUUCAGUCUAGAUUAGAAGCUCAUCUAACAAUUGUUAAGCUCUUAAUUGAAAAUGCUGAAAAAAUUGGUAUUUUACCUAAUGAUAUCUCAGAAUUUAUUUCAAUGGAUAAUGUUGGAAGUAUUGAUAUUGAACUUAAUCGAUCUGAUCCUUGGGCUUCAUUUAAAAGUAAAAAGAAAAAACAUCGUAGUGGAAGUCUUACAAGAAUGCUAAGUGGUUUGAAAAAAAUAGUUGGAAAAAAUAAUUCUCCAAAUGAAGUGGAUGGUUCAGAAAAUCUUCUGGCUAUUGAGACAGCUUGUCACUUGUAUACACCAUCUGUGAAAGCAUCGAAAAAACGAAAAGUACAAGAUAAUACAGAUUUAUUAAAUAUUAAAAGACAUCCUUUAAAAGAAAAAAGUCCAAAUCAAAAACUUGGAACACAAAAAUACUAUAAAAUUUACUCAGAUAUAAAAAUUUGUGAUAAAAUUGAGAAACCAAAGAAAUUGAGGCUCAGUUUGGAUCGUUUUGUACCGAAACCUAAACAAAAAAUGAAUACCCAAAAUAUAGAAAUAUGUAAAACAUCUUUUAGCCCUUGUAUGGAAAGACGCUGGAGUUCGAGUAACAACUCAUUUGAUUCGAAAAAAAGAGGCAGAAGUAAAAGUAUCGAUUCACCUUUAUCUUCACCACAAAUUAAAAUACGAAAUUCAAUUCAAGAUAAAACUUUGGAAGAAGUUUUUAUAGAUGCUAAUAUUAAUCUAUCAGAUGAUUGUAGCGAACAAAUUUCUCAAAAGAAAUCAAGUUCUGAAAACAAAGUCAAAUGUAAACGCUUUAGUUCCACAAGGAAAUCUAUGCAUUCAUAUUCUCUAAGAAGAUCAUCAUCAAAUAUAUCAGUUAAUUCUAAAACAGUGAUUCAUAAUCCAGAAGAAUAUGUUCAAAUACCUAAAAGUGAAUAUGAAGAAAUUAAGCAUAGAGUAUCAGCAAUAGAAUCUCGCAUUUCCCAAGAGUUCAAAAAUAUAACUAGUGAAUCUGUUAAUAUGUUAACUGUAAAUCCAAUAACUAUAGUACAAAGCCAAUAUGAAAAAACUUUGGAAGAGUCGAAUAUUGAAAAUAUUGCGAGUACAGAUCAAUUAGCUAAAAGGCUUAGCAAAGAAUUAAAGAUAAGAAAAUCCACAGAGCAUAAAAUUAUAAGGUCUCCAAGUGCAAGAAAAAUUGGAAGUUUGAGAAGAAGAUCUCAAGAAAAGCCAAUAAGAAAAAUACAUCGUACCAUUUCUUGGCACGCAGCCGAUAAACUGGACGUUCGAAAUUCCGUACUUAAGUCUGACCAGCGUUUGAACAAUUAUUGUCCUAAGCAGUGUAAUUUAAAACGUAGUAAACCUUUAGUUAAGCGCGACUCGUACAAAAACAUAGAGCAAAUACCAAAACUUGAAACUCGACACAGCGCUCCAUUCUGCAGUGAAGCGACGAACGCUCGACUUAAUUAUCUUCAGGAACAGCUCAAUACCCUUAUCAAUCAUACAGCUGAACAUACGCGUGACUCCUUAAGUAACGAGGAUUUUGGAUUCCUUGACGAUGAUGUUUUCCAAAGUAUCGAGCUCUCCCCUAUGAGCCGUCAAAAUGCUUUGAACCCAGUGGCGGUACGACGAGCUUCAUCCUUUCAUAGCUGCGAGUUCAUUGACAAUUCUCAGUACUUUAACAAUAAAAUCAAAGAACUUAGAAAGACGAACAGCCAACAGAAUUUGACAUUCAAUUAUUCUGAAAGUAUAGAUAUCAGUAGAAAGAUGUCAGAGUCUCGAAAAGAGAAAACAGUUUCAUGGAAAGAUGCCGACAUAUACUUCCAACAAGAGGCAAAGUUACUUACCCCAGUACCACAAACCGGUCGAGCUUCAGUAGCUAAAUUACGAACACAGAAUGCAGGGAUGGUAUUGGCGAAAGCGAAACUCUUUGAUGAUCCAUCAAAGGAAAGCAUAGAUUUCAGCCGCCGUAAAUCAGUUAGAGUGCAAAUGACAGCGCCCACUUCUGAAAAAGAAGGCUUUCGAACACCACAUGGAACUAAAAAACACAACAACGAAAUCAUUGUUCGUAGAAAACACGAUAAAAAUCGUCGAACACCAAACACCUCGCCAUUAUUAAAAAUAGAGAAAGAUAAUCAAUUGGUACAGAGCAUAAUAAGCAACGAUGUGUACAAGAUCAAUGAAAAUUCCAUAUGUAAAACACCACACAUCAAAAAGCCCUUGAAUGUAAAAACACCAAGGAGUGUGAAAUCAUUAUCAGCAAGGAAAUCAAUAUUAAAUUCACGUCGAACUCCGAUGAAAGCCGUAUUACCUAUCACGCCAAAAAGACAAAGUCCCAGAAUUGUUCUAAAAUCAACGCAAUUAAAUAGGCAUAUACAUUGACACUAGAAAAACAAAACGUGCGUGUAUU